GCUGCUGUUGAAGCACGUCUGACCUCGCGAUGUCCCGCGCGAGCUUCUCCCUGUCCCUGGCCACUGACGCCUUCAUGGCCUUUACCUCUUCUUUCUUGGCCGCGAGAGCUGCUUCGGCAGCGGCAGUGGCCGCCUCUCUUUUCUCCAUAUCAUCCAGGCGCUUGUUCAUAGCCUUUGCAUUUCUCGCGGCCGCAGCGUUGGCCCCCUUGAUCGCUUUAGGUGGACGGCCGCUGGUGCCUCCUGUCGGUACCCGUCUACCACGCUUGGUCAUGGUGGGUGCUGGAUUGGCCCGGUGCCUGGCGUGGACGGCGAGUUGCUCUACAACGGCCGGCUCAAAUUCAAAAAAAAAAUUGGCGUUGUACGCGCCAUGUUGAGCGUUCAGCACGUUGGGUUCUAUUUCAGAACCUAACUUUUUUUCCCGAACCGCAACAAGUAUGCCCGCUUGAAAAUUGCUGCCAUGAAGUGCCUGCUUUUGGCGCCGUUCACUUCGUGCUGUGACUGUUCGAUGGGCAUGAAACCAGCGCCAUUCGACAGCUGAUGUAACAGGCUUUCUGUUGAACCCACCCAGUGUGUGUGUUGCUCGAUUAUUGCGUGCAAAAGUUGCAAAAGAGUGUGUGUUUUUCUAUCAACUUCGCGGGAGAGAGCAUUUUGA